ACACACAUACACUGAGCAGCUCCGUUCCUCCGUUCGCGAGUAACCGAGCAGGAGGAGGCGAGCGCGAUCAGACCUCCAGGUGUGUGUAGAUGCGCGCGCGCGCAUGUGUGUGUGUGUGUGUUCCAGUCACACCUGGUUGCAUCAUGUGAUCAGAUACCUGGGCGUGGAGCGAGCGUUCAGUGUGUCAUUCGUUAACGGGAAUCCCGGAACCGCAGAUCUCUGUCUCUCCACGCGCGAGUGACAUGUGAACUUUCCGUGCACCGGGAAUCUAUUCCUCUCAGUCUGAAGGGAGUCGGUGGUCUGGACGCUGCAACUACUGCCAAGGUUUUCCCACUCAUCUUCUUCUGGGGCAGCAGACUGUAAGAUAUCUCGAGACCAAACCAUAGGAGGAGAGGACUGAAGACAACACAAGCUGGACCACGUCUCCACCUGAGCUCUGUUUUAAUGCACCAAGUUGCUUCAGCCCUUUAUAACACCGCAAACAGCCUGCAGAGUCGUGGAGGUUGAACAGACAGACAUCUCACUCUUAUGUCAAGCAUCAAUUAAAGCAAUUUUCGCCUUGGAACAAUGGCCACCUGGUUACCAGCUGUCCUACUGGUGCUACAAGUAACCACUGCAUCUUCUGAAGAGCCCAUACUGGAGUUUUCCACCGAUACACCCAUCAAUAAUGUGGCGCAGGACCUGCAGACUGGCCGUAUUUACCUGGGUGCUGUCAAUGCCAUUUAUCAGUUGAACUCUUCAUUGUAUCUUGAGGCCAGAGCUGAAACGGGGCCCAAGAAAGAUGCGAGGGGUUGCACCCCUCCUGUGUCUACUUGUCAGGACCUGAAAGACACCAACAACACCAAUAAACUCUUGCUGGUUCAUUCGGAUAACGGGUCGCUGAUAGUCUGUGGGAGCUUAUACAGAGGAAUCUGCUCUCUACUCAACCUCACUAACGUCAAAGAGCAGAUAUACUACAGCGACAGCAAAGGGGAGCGGACCUAUGCCGCCAGCACAGAAGAGCACGUUUCCGUGGUAGGAGUCAUGGCCGUGCUUGAAAUUGACAAUAAACCAUUCAGCGUCUUUUUAGUCGGGAAGGGCUACGGAAGCAUGGAUAGCUCCAAACUCAUCAGCACCAGAAUCGUGCAGAACUACCGUGAAUGGGUGGUGUUUGAGAGCAUCAUCGAGGCGUCUACGGUCCAGGCGGUUCCCUUCGUGCCCAAGUAUCUUCAUGACUUCCGCUUCGCCUUCAAAAAUGACAACUUUGUCUACUUUCUCUUUUCACGCACUCUCGGCAGAACAGACAACAAGAACUUUACUUUCGUUUCGCGCCUCUGCGAGAACGACAAUCACUAUUAUUCGUACACGGAGCUUCAGCUUAGUUGUGGUGUGAAGAAUCGUUACAAUAAAGUCCUGGCCGCAUAUUUGACAGACCCCGGGAAAGAGCUGGCCCAGGCCAUGUCUGAUUCCGGAGAUUAUGGGAAUGUCCGGGAAUGGGAUAAAGUCUUGUUUGUGGUGGCUAGCUCGGAGGAAGGGGCCACCGAAUCAGCUCUGUGUAUGUAUCCCCUUAAAAACAUCAACCAAAAACUCUUGGCCAUCGUUACCGCAUGCUACACGAACAAUGGCAAGAUUGACGACAGAUUAGUUGUGGAGAGUCCCUAUACGUCGAGUAAAGAUGAGCCAUGUGUCAAACAUGAUAAAGAUAUAUUGAACCAGAACAAGUGCGGAGCAGAUUUUCUCCCGUCUCCAUUGGCCAGUCGACAGGAGUUUGCCUUGAAGGCCAAUCCGGUCUUCAUCAGGCAGAACCUGCUGACCGCAGUGGCUGUGGCUGUCGAGAAUGAUCAUACCAUUGCUUUUCUGGGACACAAUGCCGGAGAGGUGAUCAAGGUACAUUUGUCAAGCCAUCCAGAGGCGUAUAACCCCGGUCCAGGCUACAAAACCAGCGGAUACAUAAAUAAGAACCUUUUCUUUGACAAAGCCCAGGCACACUUGUACAUCACCACUGAGAAAAAGAUCACAAAGGUGCCCGUACAGGCCUGCCAUCUGAAGUCAGACUGCCAGUCGUGUGUCGCUCAGAGAGAUCCGUACUGUGGCUGGUGUGUCCUGGAGGGAAGAUGCACCAGGAGAUCGGAGUGCAGUCGCGCGGAGGAGAAGAACGGUUGGCUGUGGAGUCCGAUCCAACAGUGUGUGAAAAUCGUCUCUUUCCACCCGCCAAAUCUCAGCUGCUUGAAGUCCCAGCAGGUUGAGAUAAACGUCCGAGCGCUGCCGGUCCUCAGAGAUUCAGACCGUAUCCACUGCACCUUUGGCUCUUAUCAGAGCGUCGCCAGGAUGGUGGACGGCAGAAUCAGUUGCCGCUUACCUGAACAGCAUCUUAUACCAGCGACACCUGCGCACCAGGAUUUCGUGGCGGUUCCGGUCCACAUCUUUGUGAACGGUAGCGUGGAGGUGGCGUCCAGCGAGUACAAGUUCUACAACUGUGCAGCGACAGUCCGGAAAGCAGAAAAUACGCCAUGCACUUCCUGUGUAAGCAGCGCUUGGGGAUGCCAGUGGAACAUUGUGGCUCAUACCUGCACGGAUCUGAGCGAUGCAGAAACCGGCGCCAAUAUAAUCAAACACAGACAGAACAAGAGCUGUCCACGGUUCGAGAAUCCAGAUCCCGUCCUUAUCCCGGUCGGAUACAAAACCCGCAUCAGUUUUGAGGGCAUCAAUCUGGACCCGUACAAGGGCCGUGAUUUCACCAUCGGAACAGAGCUGAUGAAGUUUGAGGAAGAUGUCAAGACAGAGCCGGUUCCCUUCUACUCUUUCAGCGGUUAUGUGUUUUCCUUUGACAAAGCUCACGAGACCAGCGUGCUGUUCCACGUAAGAGACAAAAAGACGGGAAAGAAGAUCGACAGCAGUCUUAACGUCACUCUGUACAACUGCUCUCUGGGACGUGAAGACUGCAGCCUGUGUAAGAGCGCCGACCCUAAAUACCAGUGUGUGUGGUGCACGCAGACCAGCUCGUGUGUGUAUGAGCUGCUCUGUGCCUCGAGAGAGCCGGACGAGUGUCCCGACCCCCAGAUCACUGACAUCACGCCGAGAUACGGGCCGCUGAGAGGAGGAAUAGCUGUCACUAUUAAGGGCUCGAACCUGGGCAUCCAGAAGGAUGAUAUUAAGAACAUCACAGUGGCUGGAGUGCCGUGCAAACACCUGCAGGAACAAUACUCCGUCUCCACCAGUGUGGUGUGUGAAAUCGGUCCGGCCAAAAUCGACAAAGCCGGAGAGGUGGAAAUCAUUGUGGGCAGAGGAAAGAAAGGCAUAUCCACACAUCUGGUCCGCUUCACCUACAGGGACCCUGUAGCACAGAGCGUGUCUCCUGAACGAGGUCCUAAAGCAGGAGGAACCAUCCUCACUAUCGCUGGGGUGGACCUGGACACCGCUUCAAAACAAGACCUUCAAGUCAUGGUGGGCGAUGUGCCCUGCCGAGUUGAGAGCUUUGGAAAGCGGAUGACCUGUAAACUGUCGGAGUAUCUGGGCGAUACGGUUCCGUCGCCUCACCUCACCGUCAGAGUCCAAUACGGCAAACACACCACAACCAGCAUCAGCACGGCCUUUCAGUUCUCCAGCAACCCCUCUGUGUCCGACCAUCAGCCCAGGAGCAGCUUCAUCUGUGGUGGCCGAGCAAUCCUGGUGCUGGGUUCUGGGUUUGACCUGGUCCAGAAGGCUUCUAUCAGGGUGGUGGCGUCGGCUGGAGAAUGGUCCACACAGACCGUCCCAGAAGAGUUUGUAGAGAAUUGCACAUUCAAAAACGACACCUUGAUCACGUUUGUGUCACCUGCGGUCAACGAGUCUCAGUUCUAUAGGACGUACGUGCAGCUGGAUAACCUCCAGACCGAGCUGACACCGUUUGAGUAUCACCCCAACCCCACGUUUGAUCCCCUCAGCAAGACCGUAAUCACUGAGAACAGCAUGAUCAUUGUGAAUGGUCGUGGUUUUUCUAAAGCGAUGACGGCGAAUGAAGCGCAGGCGUUUGUGGGAGACAUAGAGUGUAACGUAAACACGUUACAGGAUGAAAAAUUAUUCCUGGACCCGCCGUCGAAAGUCCCCAGUGCUCGAUCCAAGAGACAGAGGAGAGACACCGGCUCUGACCCGCUCGACCUGGUGAUUAAGUUUGGGAAGGGCGAGUGGUUGGUCGGCUCAGUCCGGUACGAGAGGAAGUACAGUCUCCCGCUGCCCAUCAUCAUCCCGGCGGUGCUCGUUCCCAUGCUGCUGAUCAUCGUCAUCUCCGUCCUCUGCUACAGGAGGAAGAGCCAGCAGGCCGAGCGCGAGUACGAGAAAGUGAAGCAUCAGCUGGAGAAUCUGGAGGAGAGUGUUCGUGACCGCUGCAAAAAAGAGUUCACAGAUCUGAUGAUUGAAAUGGAGGACCACGGCAAUGACAUCAGCGAGGGCCGCAUCCCCUUCCUGGACUACAAGACCUACACCGACCGCGUCUUCUUCCUGCCCUCGAAGGACGGUGCCAACGACGUCAUGAUCACCGGCAAACUGGAUAUCCCAGAAUCCCGCAGGGCUACGGUCACCCAGGCGCUGAACCAGUUCUCCAACCUCCUCAACAGCAAAACUUUCCUCAUCAAUUUUAUCAGGACGCUGGAGGGCCGUCCGGAUUUUAACGCCAGGGCCAAAGUGUAUUUUGCGUCUCUGCUGACCGUGGCGCUUCACGGGAAACUGGAAUAUUACACAGACAUCAUGAGGACACUUCUGCUGGGGCUCAUGGAGGACUACGUUCACAGCAAGAACCCUAAACUGCUGCUUCGCAGGUCUGAAACGGUGGUGGAAAGGAUGCUGAGUAACUGGAUGUCCAUCUGUCUCUAUCAGUACCUGAAG